AUGCAUGCUAUUGUGCAGCGCAGGAGAACCCGUGAAUUUAGGGGUUUUAUUCCAUUAACACAGGUCAUGGAACAUUGCAUAGCUAGACUAUAUGUAGCAAUGUUCAAUGCAAUUCUUUGGGAGUCAGCACUUGAGAUCCCAACUGAUCCUGUAUCAGAUCCUAUUGUGGAUUCGAAGGUUUUGCCAAUUCCCGCAGGAGAUUUGAGCUUUGGUUCUGGUGCACAGCUGAAAAAUUCUGUUGGCAAUUGGUCUCGAUGGCUUACUGAUAUGUUCAGCAUGGAUGUUGAAGAUUGUCUGCAAGAUCAGGAGAGUGGUGAGAACGAUGAGAGCAGGGACAACGAUAGCAAACCUAAAUCUUUUCUUCUCCUUAACAAUUUGAGUGAUCUUCUAAUGCUCCCAAAGGAUAUGCUUAUGGAUAAACAAGUCAGACGAGAGGUAUGUCCAUCCAUCACCCUUUCGUUGAUUAUACGGGUGCUCUGCAACUUCACUCCUGAUGAGUUUUGUCCAGAUCCCGUUCCAGGAAUUGUGCUGAAAUCUUUGCAUGAGGAGGUGAGUGUUUACCCACGAGAAGUGCAACCUGAGAAUCCCAACAGCUAUAGAGCAAGGAAGAGGGAGUAUUUCAGGAUGAGGCACAAACACAGAAAGGCUAGAGAAGCAGGAGCACAUUCUGUAAGCAGGGCAGCAACUGCUUGGAAAUUAGUUCUUGCUGGGAAUGAACAAGGGAAUGAACACUGA